GUCUUCCCUCCCACUGCGUGCAUGCCCCCCUACGUCCCCCGCAAACGUCUCUCCUCCGAGGAUCCGCCCGCCGCUAAACGUCAUCAUGCGACGCCCUCCAUUGCAGCCGUAGUGGAAGACACCGACACCGAGUCCUCCCUAAGCGAUGUGCCCGACGAGACCCCCCAGCCUCCCAAUGACGGCAAGAAGACCCCCAAUGAAUCCGACGGGGAAAGCAGCGACUCCGAUGAGGUCGACUGGGAGGACGCGAUCGAGUCUAAGCCCACCAGCGCCACCCCGAUGCCCUCCAUUCUCACCCACGAACACCAGGACCUGGAAUUGACCCUAGAUAAGAACGAGAUCCACCUGACCGACCUGCUCGAAGGCAAAAAGGGCCCCUCUAAGAUCGAACGCCAAAUCCGUAUCCAGACCCACUGUCUGCAUGUACAAUUCCUGCUCCACCAUAAUGCCAUCCGCAAUAUCUGGGCCAACGACCCGAAACUCCACGAUAUCCUGCGGCGCAAGCUCCGCCCCGCCAUACAUGAAGAGGUCAAGAAAUGGCGCAUCGCAUCCGGCCUCGAGGCCCCCGAGAAACCCCCCGAGAAGAAGUCCAAGAAAGGCAAAGGGAAGCAACGGCGUCAGUCCGAGCGGGACUGGGCGGAGGCCUCAUCCCACCUCGAGCCUGGAAAGCCGGAUAUGAGCUCCGGGGACCCUAUUAUAACCCUUCUUAAAAUACUGGCCGCCUACUGGAAGGGUCAGUUCAAGGUGACUGCUCCGGGGUUGAGGAAACACGGCUAUCGACCCAUGGCCCAGCUGGAGGCGCAGAUCACCUCCUUCAAGGAUGAUAACAACCCCGAGCAGCACGGGGAGAGGAUCGCGGACAUCGAGGAGUUCCGCCACGCAGCAGAGCAUAUGCAAGGCUCGCGCGACGUGGGCGCUCAGCUGUUCACUGCGUUGCUGCGCGCCCUCAAUAUCGAAGCUCGCCUGGUCGCCAGUCUGCAGCCACUUGGAUUCGGAUGGACCAAAUCAGAGACCUACACGCCCAGUUCCAAGGCCGACACAGAGCCUUCAACAACCAAGAACGCGGAGACCGAAGAUGCAAUGGACCAGGCGUCUGACAGCAGUGAGAAUGCGAAGUCCACACCAAGCAGAUACGACACGGACCUGCCCUUCCCAAUUUACUGGACAGAAGCGGCCUCGCCUAUCACAAACCAGAUCAUCCCCGUGGACCCGUUAGUCCUCCGCAACUCUGUGGCCACGACCCCCGAGCUCCAAGCAGCCUUCGAGCCCCGGGGUGGCAAAGCCGACAAAGCCAAACAAGUGAUCUGCUACGUGAUCGCCUACUCCUUGGACAAGACCGCCAAAGAUGUCACCACGCGCUACCUCCGCCGCCGGACCUGGCCCAGCAAAACCAAAGGCUACCGGAUGCCCAUUGACAAGAUCCCCAUUCCCGGCCGCAAGGGCAAAUUCAUCGAAUACGACUGGUUCCGAGUGAUCCUGCGCCCCUACGAACGUUCCCCACCGCACCGCACCGCCAUCGACACCCUCGAAGACGCCAACGACCUCUUGCCCAACCAGCCGGACCGCAAACCCGCCAAAGAAGGCGAUACCCUGCAAAGCCUGCGCACCUCCACCGAAUUCGUCCUCGAACGCUUCCUCCGCCGCGAAGAAGCCCUCAAACCCAACGCCCAGCCCGUCCGCACCUUCACCAGUGGCAAGGGGGCCAAAUCCAAAACCGAAAACAUCUUCCGCCGGAAAGACGUCCUGAAAUGCCAAUCUGCCGAGAGCUGGCACAAAGAAGGCCGACAGAUCCAACCGGGCCAAACCCCCCUGAAACACGUCCCCAUCCGCGCCGUCACCCUGCUCCGCAAACGCGAAGUCGACGAAUACGAGCGCGAGAACGGCCAAAAGCCCAAACAGGGUCUCUACGCGAAACACCAGACCGAAUAUAUCAUCCCCCCGCCAAUUCGCGACGGGGUCAUCCCUAAAAACGACUACGGGAACAUCGACUGCUUCGUGCCGAGCAUGGUGCCGCGCGGGGCGACGCAUAUCCCCUGGCCCGGUACGGUGCGCGUGUGCAAGAAGUUGGGGGUUGACUACGCGGAGGCAGUCACGGGGUUCGAGUUUGGGUCGAAGAUGGCGGUCCCCGUCAUUCAGGGGGUGGUUGUCGCGGCGGAGAAUGAGGACGUGGUGAAGGAUGCGUGGCGGGCGGAUGAGGCGGAGAAGCGGAAGAAAGAGCAACGGAAGGCCGAGGCGAAGAUCUUACAGACUUGGAGGAAGUUUUUGUUUGGGCUGAGGAUUGCCCAGCGUGUUAGGGAGGAGUAUGGUGGUGGUGAUGCUGAGGAGGAUGCGCAGAGGGAUGCGCACAACCCGUUUACGAGUCGGCAGACACGGGGUCGAGGGAACGUGGAGCGGAUUGACGAUCAAGAUCACGAUCACGAUCGAGAUCGAGAUCAAGAUGAGGGUCCUGAGGAUCGCGGUGGGGGGUUUCUUCUGGACAGUGAUUCCGCCGCGGAUCAGGGCGGUGGGUUCCUUCUUCCGGGAGAGGAUGACGGAGAAGAGGAUCAUACUGCAGAUCAGGGUGGCGGGUUUCUUCUUCCUGGUGAAGACGGUGAGGAGGAUGAGGGGUUGGCUGUGGAUCAUGGCCAUGAUCGUCGUCCGCAGCGUCAUGGACCUGGGUCUGCAUCCGCGUCUGCGUCUGCGUCUCGCCCGGUUGUUCUUGAUACCGAGGACGAAGAUGAAGAUGAAGACGAACCAGACGAGAUUGAUACCCCCGCAGACGAAGGAAACCAAGAAGCGAUCUCACUGAGCUCAGCCUCAGAAUCGCUCUCGCCGCCUGUGGAGAUCCCAGACUCGGAGGAUUCUCCGGUUUAUGAACCGCCCCCGACACGGACAACACGGAUGAGCACGCGGAGGCGCACAAGAGGGGGAGGUGGGUGACUUUGAGAUCAUAAUUUCACAUUGUCAUGUUUUGCGUAUAUUGCAUGCAUGCAUGCAUGCAUGCAUGUCUAGCGUUAGUGAGAUGUACCAUUACCCUUUACCCUUUAGAUACAGAACCAUGUAAAGAG